CUUCGUACGGCCUGCUGAACUUAUCCACGAAAGAGGGGAGGCCAACAAAUUUCCCAAAUCCUUUUAGUCGCAUAUUGGAUGGCAUGCAUUGAUUUAAAACAGUGAAUUUAUUGCUAAGAAGUUUUUCUUUCUCUGUCGGGUAAUGAGCCAAGAAAGAGAGACAUUUUUGCAAAACACGAAAGUUUAGAAACAUAUUGUUCACCCCCCUACAGAGAAAGUGGUAUGUUCCGGUAACUUUUUGUGACGGGAAAAACCUGGGAAAAAUAUAUAAUAUAUAUAUAUAUACUGUAUGUAUAUAUAUAUAUAUCAUAUAUCAUAUUUUCGAGUUUGUUGUGAAAUGGCGCACGCAAGAGUUGAGGAACAGGACCAGUUUAACUGCGCAAUCUGUCAGGAGGAGCUGAAGGACCCGGUGACGCUUCCUUGUGGCCACAAUUUCUGCAAAGCCUGCAUUAAUGGCUAUUGGGACCAGGGCGUGUAUGUCUGCUCUCAGUGCAGGCAGAGCUUCACUAGGAGGCUCGUCCUGGGCACGAACACGAUGCUGGUCUACGCGAUGGAUAAAAUAAAACAGACCGCGAUCCGUGCAGCUUCUGCGCCGAGAGCCGAGAGUCAGAAUGUCAGCAGAUCAGAAGAUCAGAGUGAGCUGAAAUCGUCUGCAAAGACCAUGAAGCUGACCUUAAAGAAAUAUCAGGAAGUGUUUGCUAAAAUGAAGGCCAUGGCGUUCAAUAUAUACAGCAUUCUGCAGAAGAGUAUUGAGAGUCAGAGUCAGGCUCCCAACGCAGCGUCCACACCACAGGCUGCUCCAGCUCCCGAACCCUCUGUGGUGGUAAAGGAUGAUGACGAGGACAACGACGAGGACGACGAGGAUGCAUAGCGCAUUAAGGCCCAGAGGGUGCAGGAGUACGCUGUAGCACCAAUAAAAAUUUUUUAUCAUAAA